AUAAAUUUCUGGAAUUUUAAUUUUUUCUUACCCUUUUUUUUUUGCAGAAAGUAUAUAGAGAUUUUUUUAUCGAGUGAGUCGUUUCGACGUCGUAGUCAACUCAAUGGCGGAUGAGGAUGUUGUUGAUCAGAAGAAGUAUCUUGAAGAUGCUUGCAAGCCUAAAUGUGUGAAGCCUUUGAUUGAAUACGAGGCAUGUAAAAAGAGGAUUGAAGGUGAUGAAAGUGGCCACAAGCACUGUACCGGACAGUACUUUGACUACUUGUCAUGUAUUGAUAAAUGCGUUGCACCAAAGCUGUUCGCAAAACUGAAGUGAUUAAGGGAUUGCGAGGGCUAUCUCAUUUGUUUUCUUUUUAUUCUUGGCACUGUCAGCUAACUAUGGCAACAUGCUUUAUUGGGUCAUUCUGCACCCAAAAACUAUAUCUAUUUUGGCUUUUGGUGCUGUUUCGUAGAUCCUUUUCUUCUGAACUGAAACUUUUUGACCUGGAAUAAAAGAAAACCUUAUACUGCUAUUGUGGUUUGAAA